AUGAAAAAAAAAAAAAAUUAUAUAUUUCUUUCCAAUUUAUUAAAGGAGAAUAUAAAAAGAAAAAAUAUAAAAAAUUUCGUAACAUUAAAGAGAAAUUAUAAUCAAAACAAUUUUGAAAUAUUAAAGUAUCACGAUAAUAUAUGCAAUAUAAACAUAUUAUUUCAUGAAAAUUUUAAAAUUUUAAAAGAUCUAGAUAUUUUACUAAAAACAAGAAGAAGUACAUUUAAAAAUAUUAACAGGUGUAAUAUAAAAUAUUUUUUUUUAUAUUUAAAAUUUGAUAAAAAAUGUAAAGAUCAUUUUUUUGAUAAAACAUCACCAACCAAUGGAAUACACAUUCAAAUAUUGACAAAAUUGAAUUACCUACUUAUUUUAAAGAAUAUAAUAAAAAAUGAUACUACUCUAAAUAGACAUAUUAAAUAUAUUUACUUAAAUUAUAUUUUUCCAAAUAAAAAAUAUAAUACAGUAGUAACUUUUAAUGAAGAUUUAUUAACAAGUAAUAUUUCUAUGCAUAAACAUUUUAAUUAUUCUAAAAAUGAUAAUAAUAAUAAUAAUAAUAUUGAAGUGACCUUAUCUAGUAAUUUCAAUAAUGAUAUAUUAGGAAUUGUUGAUAUAGAAGAAAAUCGCAUAGAAAAAGCAAAUAUUGAAAAUAACUGCAUUAUUAAUACACAUAUAUUUGACAGUGGUAAUAUAAGACAUAAUAAUGAUUUAAAAGAUUUUAAAUUGGAAAAUUUUUGUAAAUUACUUAAGAAUGAAUAUAAGAUAGUAAUAUAUAGUAACAUAAAUAAUAAACACAUAAAACAUAUAUAUUUAGAUGAAUUAGAUAAUAAUAUAGAUACUCAAAUUAAUUACAUAUAUAUGUUUGAUAAUAAACUUUUUGAUAAAAACUUAUUAUUACAGAUAUAUACGUUUUAUGAACAUUUUAUGGAAUAUAUAAAAAGAAAAAAUGAAUUUUUAUUUUUUCUAGAUAGAAUAAGCGAAAAAAUAUUACAUAAAAUGAAUUUAAUAGAUUUAGUUUACAUUUUUCACAUUCAUAUAAAACAAAACUACUACAAUCAUCUAUUUUUAUUUAUUUUAAUUAAUAAAUUGGAAAAUUACUUAUAUACAAUAAUAAAUAUAAAUAAUAUAGAAAAAAAACAAAUUUACAAUAAUAUAAAAUACAAUCAAAAAUCAUUAAUUGUGUUUUUUCAUUCAUUAACGAAUUAUUAUAUUUAUUUAAAUAGUGUUGAAAAUAAUAGAAACAAAGAUAAGUUAAUAAGGAUAAAGGAUAUGAUAUAUAAUAAAUUUUCUUUAUACUUUUUAAAUUACUUGGUGAAUAAUUAUAAAUUAUUUAAAACUCUUGAUAUUAUAUUAUUUUAUUCGUCUUAUUUAAAAUUGGAUAUAAAAAGUAAUACACUUAAAACUAUAUUAUUUGAUUAUAUAAAUUACAAAAAUUAUCUUUUAAUUCAGAAUGAUAAUAAUAAUAUUAGUAGUAGUAAUAAUAAUAUUAGUAGUAGUAAUAAUAAUAAUAAUAUUAGUAGUAAUAAUAAUAAUAAUAAUAAUAAUAAUAAUAAUAAUACUAAUAUUACUAAUAUACAGGUGUAUUCUUCUUUUUUGAAUAUUUUUUCAAAAUUUUUUACACAAUUUAAUUUUGAUAAUAAGGAAUAUAAAAAAAUAAUAAAAAUAUUAUUAAUUUUAUUUGAAAAUUAUUUUAUUAUUAUAGAAAAAUUGUUUAUUAAAAAAUAUUAUGUUAAUAUAGAGCAUAAUGAAAUUGAAAAAAAUAAUACUUUUAAUUAUAAUGACAAAUUAGACGAAAAAGACAAAAAAAACUUAAAUAAAGAAAAUAAUUUAAAUAAAGAAAAUAAUUUAAAUAAAGAAAAUCUCCAUUUAAAUUUAGAAUACAAUUUUAAUGAAAGUAAUAUUUCUAAUGUACAAUUAGAUAAAAGUAUAAAUUAUUUUACCUUCAUUAAUGUAUUAAAAAAAACUCAAAUAAAUGAAAGUCCAUUUACAUAUGAAAAUGAUAAAUAUCGUAAUAUAUAUGAUUUAGAUAAUAUUAAUAAUAAUAUAAAGUAUAUUGUUAAUUCUUUAAAUUCCAUAUAUAAAAUAAUGAACCAUUUGAUUGAAACUUUUAACUUAAAUGAAUUUAGCAACCAAUUUAACAAAAUACACUUAUAUAAUUUUGUUAACAAAGUUAUAUACAAUAAAUAUAUAAAUUAUAAUAUGGAUUAUUUAAAAAAAAUAAGCAAAUAUUUAUAUAUUAAUUUAUAUUCUUCUACAGAUAUAAAUAUUAAUCGUUUAUUUAUUGGAAAUUAUAUUCUUAACUUCAUUUUAUGUGAUUUCGUAAAUUCAUUUGUAAACAAUAUUAUACUAAAAUUAAGUUUAAAUUAUGAUGACCUAAUAAUAAAAAAGCUUAAUGAAAAUUUUUUUUUUUCUCAAAUUGUAUCCAAUUCAUUGGGAGCAAUUCAAAAUUUAAAAAUUUUAAGGUAUGACAUAUUUUUUAAUAUUUCAUAUUUAAUUAAAAAAAAUGUAUUUGAUUUUGAUUUAAUUCAUUUAGCAAAUAUUAUACAUUCAUAUGCAUCCUUAAAAAUAAGAGAUAUAGAGUUAAUUGAGUUUCUUUUAAAUAAAUUAAUAGAGAAAAUAGAAUUCGAAAAACAUAUUAAUGAUCAAAGUCUAAGUAAUAUUACUAUUUCAUUAUUAAAAUUAGAUUAUUAUAAUGAAAAAUUCAAUGAAAUUAUUUUUAAUAAUUAUAAAAACAUAAAAUCGUUGCAAUCACUGAUAAAUAUUACAUUUUAUAUUUGUUAUUAUAAUAUGAUAUACAAAUUUAUGAGUAAAAAUUAUUUGAAUUAUUUUUUUGAAAAUAUAAAUAUACAUAAUAUAAAUGACUUAAAUGUAGAAAGUAAGACACAGUUAAAAUUAAUAUCAAUUUUAGUACUAUAUAUGCAUUACAAUUAUUGUAUAAAAAAUAUAAGGAACUUAUUUAAGAUAUAUAUGGAUAAUAUACAAAAAUUAAAAAUGAAAAUAUUGGAAAAAGAGCUUAUUAAACCAUCAGAUAUGGCUUUUUUUAAAUAUACUUUUAAAAAAGUUUAUAAUUUUAUUUAUGCAUUUAAAAAGAAAAACAUAGUCAAGAACUUUAGCACUUUAAAUAAAUCGUAUUAUAAAAAAAAUAUGUCUUUCAACAAAUAUAUUAGAACUCUUAAUAAUAAUAUAUUAUAUAAUAAAUUUUUAAAGAAAAACCAAAAAAUAACACCAUUUUAUAAAUAUGCAAAUGAUACAUAUAUAUUUAAUAAUAAUACUACGAAUAAUACAAAUAGUAAUUAUUUUAUUAAUAGGGAUAUGAAUAAUAAUUGUAAUUUAGAAAAACAAAAAAUGAAAAAUUUUAAUUUUACAAAUUUAAAUGAUUCUCUAAAUUUAUUUGAUGUAUUUAGUUAUAAGUUUAUAAAUAAUGACAAUAAUAAGAAUAUUCAUUUAAUAAAUGAGGAAAAUUAUUUAUAUCUUAAUUUUAUUGCAGUUUUUCCAUUUACGGGAAAACCUAUAUAUUCUACUUCUAAUUUACAUAAUGAAGUUUAUGAAGUUAUAACAUCAUUAAGUUUAAAUAGGAAAAUAAUAAAAGAAUUAUCACACUAUCCAUAUUAUGUUGAUAUAGUUCUCAUAUAA